GGCUUGGGCACUUCCGGCUUCUUCCUCUUAGACAAGAUAAACGAAACGGACGAUAUACCACUGCUAAUACAAUGAGUAAGAGAUAGUAUUCGGAUUAGAAAUAGGGUACAUGUCACUCUAUAGUCGCUUAAAGUAAUUAUUUUAGGGGUUUGUCGCUGUUUUAACGCUCGGGAUUAACCGAGGCGCAUCGGUUGACAACUACAGUAGAUUAGUUUUGCUCGAAGCGGAUUGCAGCCAUGAUGGCGUCAAGCUACAACGCUAAGGAAGAGGACGGACAUCACUCGGGAGCUGCGAACCACGGAGGUGCAGGGGCCGUAAAAAGUAAAAAACCAGAUAACACAGCCUUCAAACAACAAAGACUACCUGCAUGGCAGCCCAUCCUGACAGCCGGCACAGUGCUGCCCGCUUUCUUCGUUAUCGGUCUCAUCUUCAUCCCCAUCGGCAUCGGCCUGUAUGUGUCAUCGAACAACAUCAAAGAGUUCGAGGUAAAGACACAGACACCUUAAACUAACCUCUAAACUAAUAUUUGCCUACUUAAUCGAUACUUAAUUCUGCAUUAUUACGUUUAAUCGCGGUUACUCACUUCGGGGUGUCAGUGAGCAAUGUAAAUCUAUCAUUAGACGGAUUCACUGUCACCCUGUUGUGUUCAGAGAGACAAGAGCUCGACAGGGUUUUAACAGCUGUCAUUUGACCUUAAGUCAACAGUCAGUAUUUGACCAUUACAGUCCCGAGGACCAGCAGAGCUCUCAUCAGAAUAGUCUAAAAUUGAAAUAUGUUAUUUCCUCGUUGUUUUCUGUAACCAUUCACCUCAAAAUGUCAAAACAAAUUAGAUUUAGAUUUCAAUCAGCCAUAAAAUUAUGAACACAUGAGCAAUCCAUUGCAAUAAUCACUAAUUGCCUUUUUAUAUUUCUCUUAUUGCAAAUGUUCAUUUUAAUCGAAGUUCUUAUUGUUUAUUUUAUGUUAUUUUAUUAAUUAUCUCGGUUCUUAGUCUUUUUCUUAAUUCCCUUCACAGAUUUUUACUUCUUUUACCCUUUUUUAUAUUGUGAAGAGCUCUUACUUAUCUGUUCAUUUAAUAUUAUUUUCUUGUUUUAGUCCAUCUGGUCUUACUCUUUCUUUUAACCAUUUUUAUCUUUAUGUCCUGUGUUUCCCAAAGGUAGCUCUUUCCUCAUGUAAUAUCUCGGUGUCAGACCAUGUCUCUCUAACAAUAUAUCUUAAAUUCUCACACUGUGUGCGUUUGUGUGGGUGUAUGUGUGAGUGACUGAGUGAGGGUGUGUGUGUGUCUUUGAGUGUGUGUGGGUCCAUGUGUGGGUGGGAGGGUUGGGUUUUAUUGUUGUUAAUUGUUGUUUUUUGCCUCUGUGAAGCGCUUUGAACUGCAUUUUUUGUCUGAAAGGUGCCAUAAAAAUAAAGUUGAAUAUGAAUCCAACAGAGCACUUCUACCAUAAACAAUAAGUACUUUAAGUAUACUUCCAAAUUUUCCAUUUUUGUUGAUAUGAACAGGGUAUUAUUAUGCUUUAUAAUUAUUAUUGAAGACCUAUUAUGGGUAAGAAUACCAUAAAAAAGUGUUAUAUUAAAAGUUGUUCCCAGUGUUUUGUCUCCUUUAUGAGUAAUCAUAAAGGGAAGCAAAUUAGUAACACUCGUCAGUAUAAUUCCAUUACAUCACCGACACCCACUACAACUUUAACAAUAACUUUAAGAGCAGUCAUCACCUCUCUGACCAAGUCAACAAACACUGAAAAUGUGGAAGCUUUGUUCAAGCAAAAUCUACGGUAGAGCUAUGGUAUUGGGUUGCAUAAAUGCUCAAGUAGUUAUAAUGUAGUGUAUAUAUGAGAGCAGACAAUUUAGAGCCCCAACUAAAUGACAAUAAAAAACAAAAACUGUAAGAUUUAAAACCCAUGUGAAUUUUUCAAAUUAGCUAUGAAAUGGUCCACCACUGACCAUUAUGCCUCGUCAUGAUUCAUUUCUACGAAUGCUGGAAACCAUUGUGAAAGAUGGGUGUGAGACCAGAUAAUUGAUGGCACAUUGUUUUUAUAUCAAACCGUAUGAAAUCUAAAUCAUCUAUGUUUGAAGUGUGUCUUAUUUGUUGACUUCUACUUUUUAAAAAUCCUUUUGUUCAUUUUUAGGUUGAUUACACUGGUGUUGACAUUUCCAGUCCAUGCCACCCCUGUGCCAAGAACUUCAGCUGGAAUGCUACAACACCAUGUCCCUGUUCUGUGCAUUUCACAUUGGAGCAGCCAUUUGAGGUGAGCACAGACCAAAUGAAUAAUAUAUGCCCCGCUUUGGAGGUAAUGGUGUUGCUUGAUGUGUAAUAAAAGAAAAAAAUAAUGUCCACCUGACACCAAUAGUCCAUUAAGAUGCAUUCAGAGCUCAAAGAAAAGCACUUAAGGUUUACUUGAUCAUUGAUUGUUCCAGUCUAAAAUUGUGCAGCCCAUCAGCUGCUAAAAGGCCUUUAUUGAUUUCUUAUAUAAAGCUCUCUUCAGGUGCAUUUUGUCUCAAACAUUUUCUGGAUAAGACCAGGUCCUGUCGAAAAUGAUCAUACGGUGUAAGACAUCAUUGAAAUCCUCAGGUGCAAAUUAAUCUUUGGUGAGACAUACCAGCCUUGUUUUAAACAUAAAAGAAUCCUUGCCUGAUACACAGUACCUGCCAGAAUAUUUAGCUUUGCACAACAGAAACACUCCUUGCUUUUACUGAUUGCUUCAUGUGUAUAACACAAUCUUUUCUCUCCUGCAGAGUAAUGUCUUCAUGUACUAUGGCUUGUCCAACUUCUACCAGAACCACAGACGCUAUGUGAAAUCCAGGGAUGACAGUCAACUGAAUGGUGACCGCUCUGCUUUGACGGUAAUGCUCCUUUUAUUUUACAUGCAGUUCCAUCAGUGCCUUCACCUUUGUUUAACACCGGCUGCUUUUUACAGAACCCCAGCAAAGAAUGUGAACCUUACCGUACGAGCGAAGGACUGCCUAUUGCUCCCUGUGGGGCUAUAGCAAACAGCCUUUUCAAUGGUAGGUCUGACAUAGUGGUUAACCUUAAACUUUUCUCUAUCAUUUAACAAAAGCGGGGCUCAUGUGGUUGUCACUAAUUUGUCGAAACAGUAUUGAAUACUUUGUUUCUUUGUUUUAGACACUCUGAAGCUGUAUUAUAUUGAUUCAAAUGGCACCAGAAAUGAGAUUCCUCUGGUAAAGAAAGGCAUUGCAUGGUGGACAGACAAGCAUGUGAAGUUCAGGAACCCUGGUGGAAACGACAACCUCACUUUAGCGUUCAAAGGUAAAUCCGGCAAACGUCAGUAAACCAUCUUGAAGCUUUUAACACUGUUGUUGAGUUUCAUACAUGCUAUACGAAACUGGCGUAUAACCAGUUUGGUUUUAUCUUGUACUUUCUCAGGUACAUCUAAGCCAGUGAACUGGAGGAAACCAGUGUAUGAGUUGGACCCAAAUGAUGAUGACAACAACGGCUUUACGAACGAGGAUUUCAUAGUGUGGAUGCGCACAGCUGCUUUGCCCACCUUUCGCAAGUUGUAUCGCAUUAUCCAGAAGAAGUCCGGCUCCACUCCUACUCUACCCAGUGGCCAGUACGUCUUGGACAUCACUUACAGUAUCCUUUUAACAGUUGCCAAAAACUUAGUCACACUGUAAAAUUUAACACAGGAUUUAGGCAGUUAAGUAGGCUUGUGUGAUUUUACAACAAUCAGUGCCACAAUGUAAAUUAGAAACCAGUCUAAGAUUGUCUUAAACUGCAGUUUUAUGUCGUUGGUUUGAGUCAGAUUUGAAACUUGAGGGCCACACAGUCUGGGAUGUUCUUAUGUGUUCUGGACUGAUCAUGUUAUUUAUCGUACUGUUAUAAGAAUGCUGUGCAGUGAGGAUACAGGUGUUCUAUCGUGUGGAUCUGUGUGUUAAUCGUGAAGAUUUUUCUGUCUUUUUUUCAUCCGUUAACAGUGACCGCAGUCUGAAGUGUAGCUUUCACUGAGGGUACGCUGACCCACUAGAGCGACAUCAGACCUUUAUGAUACAACAAUAGUUUCUGGGUCUGCCACUCCACUAAUUCACUCCAUGAUCACCAGCUCCUAUUUUCUUCCUGUUCUACAUACGAGUCUAGCUAUCCCCUUCUCAAUACAUCAUGGGGUUUUGUUAAUUUUUUCAGGCUAAUGAAAGUGAAUGGGGCUUUGUGUUUGUUUUUAUACAGAGCAGGAAGGUGAGAUCCUGUUUCAAGUGGUCACUGAAGAAGCUUUCAAGGACAUUUGAUAAUGCCAAAUGUGAAGGCUUAUACUUAGAGCCAUUGACUUGUGAUGACCCAGGAUGCAUGUUAAUUCCAGGUCUGGAUGACCUCUUUGUGAACAACAAAUGACCUCAUUAACAAGUUAGAGUCUGAACCAAUAAAACAAAUCAGGUUUAGCAGCUUGCUGUCAAACACUGUUAAUGAGUCAGCACUAGUAAACUCACUCUGAACCUCUUUGAUUUAUAUCCUCUAAGGACACUUUUCAAGAAACUUCUCUGGUGUGUGUGGAAUACUGCAGAACCUCAACUCUCACUCAAAAGCAAAUACAGGUCUUUUUAUCUCAGCACAUGUUUCAAAUAAGAGGGGUCACUAUGUUUUACAAAACAGUGUUGUCCAAAUAUCUCUGCUUGAGGCCCAGAUGUUAAAAGUGUGUAGAUGCAGACACAAGUUUCCUCCAGUUGUUGGACUUGUGUGAGUGCUCUGUACAUCCCUCAGGCUCAGUACACGUCCUCGGCUUUGGCACGGAUGGGGAAAAAGGGUUGGACACAGUAUGGUUGCCUAUGCAUAAGCACAGUGCAGUGAAAUACCUGAUUUUUUUUAUGUCACAAUGAUGUAAUGGGCUUUAACACGGUGACUGAGCCUGAUCUGAGUGCGCCCAAAGGGAAAUAUGACUGACAACGAUGAUAUUGCAUUGCUUAUAAACUUUGAAUGGAUUCACAUGAGAGAGGAUUUCACACCUUUGAACCAGACUAGUUUCUGUUUUAAUUUUUCUGCUUUGCACAUUAAAGUCACAAGAUCAAUUAAUACUCAUUUUAAAGGGAACCCCAGUGUAUUGUUUUCAACACAAGUCCAUCAAAUUUUGGUGGCUAAACAUACCUUUUGUUUUCUUACAGGUGUAUUGUUAUCAUAGUAUCAAUGUACUAAUCACAGUUGCUUUCUUUUGCUUGUCUUGUCAAAGUGUGUGAAAAAAUAAUGUGUAAAAUCUAAGUCAGGUUUCUGUCCAAGUCGUGUUUUUCUUUAACAGUAAAUUAUCAGAUUAUCCUGUGCUCAGUUUUGAUGGUCGCAAGAGGAUGAUCCUGAGCACCAUCUCAUGGAUGGGAGGGAAGAACCCCUUCCUUGGCAUUGCAUACAUCACUGUUGGCUCCAUCUGCUUCUUCCUGGGUGUAGUUCUGCUCAUCAUCCACCACAAAUACGACACUCGCAACAACAGCGCAGAUAUUCCAAACUGAACUGUUCCUGUAUAGCAUUUUCAGCCUCUGCAUGCAUGGGUGACCCUAAGAGGUCUGUUUUGGAUUGCUUGUUGAUUUCAGCGUGAAUACACUGGUCUCUGUCGUUGUUUGUGGUGUGUUUGUGUAAGGAUGGCAGUUUUACAUCAAAAGCUGGGUUUAUGAGUAGGGCUACAAAAGAAGGAUGUUUAAAAUGUCUCUGUGCAUACGGCUUCAAGUCAGCUGCUAGGAAUGUCAUAUCCUGACUUCAAACAAAUGUUUUUAUUUUCUAUUUAUCUAUACAUUAAAGAAGUGUCUCCAUUUAUUUUAGCAGUGCUUUGCUAAUGGCUUAUCUAUUGAAGGAUGUACGUAUUUUUAAUGCAGUUUGUUCCUAUUGUGUACUGUAAUGUAUCCUGCUGAAGAAUGUACCAUCAUAUUGACAUACCUCUCUGGUCUUCGAGAUCACCCUGAAUAUAAUAUGGGAUGUUCAUUGCACGUUUGCUGUUUAAUUGGUAAGCAAUGGUGUUUGAAGAAGCAUUUUAUCUUUGCAAAGUUGCAAAGUCUAUGUAUUUUAUCUUUGCAUAGAUUACUAAUGACAAAUAGUACCAAAAGUAAGGUCAGCUAUCCUCUGGUGUGACUGGUUGUAUAAAUUGACUGCACCAGUUUCAAUCUUUAACAAAAUGCUAGUGCAAGAUUUAUUAAUCCCUAAAAAGUCAUUGCCCUUUAUGGUUCUGAUUCUCUUAAUCAUUGGACUCUGUCCAAAAUGUCCCAAACUGAUUUGAGCACAAAUAUUUAUUCUUUCAUAAGUUUGACUUGUAUGUGAUUUAGAUAUGAUUUAGAUAUGUGAUUACAUUCUUCAAUGUCGACCAAAUGAUAUGCACUUUAAAAGUGUCACAUUUGUUAGUUUUUCCCUUUUGUUUCACUUUAUCCUCUGUUAUAAUGACUCCUUGAUUAAUAUAAAAUAAGUUGACUGUUGAAAUUGGAGAUUUUUGGGUUUUUUAACGUUUGUAGGGUCCAAUUAAACAACUUAUUGAAUGUA